UCCAUCCAUGUGAUGGUCCAAGGUCCGUCCGUGCGGAGGUUCCCUGCACUGCAGAGCUCAGAGGGCUGUCGUCCUGAUUGAGAGGUGUUCCUCAUGAUCUUCUCCCCUCCUCCUGCCGCUCCACUCGGAGAUGUUCGCUCUUCGAUCGCUUCUUCACAGAAGGACAGGAUGACAUCUGAGCCGCUUCCUCCUCCUGGACCUGGUCCAUCAGCCACGGACUCGUCCUUCGUGGGACCCGACCUCACGACCCUCUGGGGCUCCCAGUUCAGCGGACCCAACCAUUUCAUCCAGAUGCAGAAGACACCGAAACAGGCUGGUAACCAGUGGAGGAGAGAUGACUCCCACUACAUGGACUCCCCUCGACCCUCCUGGUUGUACCCAACACUGAGCCUUGGCGACGAGGACUUCAACAUCCCAUCCAUCACACCCCCCACUCUGGGUGCCAACGUGGAAUCCAGGAGAGUCCAUUCCCCGUGCAAACCCCUCUCACAAAAUGGACUGGAGGCCUUCCCUCUGCAUGGCAUCGAUCUCCCUAGCGUCACCAUCGCCGGAGUGUGUGUGAGCGAAGACGGAGGUCGGCGUUCGGAGUCGCUCUCUACGGUGCCACCAUACCGCGGUGAAAUGAACACUGAAGGCAGGAGACCCAGGAUCCAGUCAGUCACGGUGCAGCCCGAUCAUGUGACCUCAGCGAACCAGCUGAGUGCGAACAGCGUUCGCCGUAGCUCACCGACGUCCCCGGGAAGCAAAUCAAUGACCACGUCCCCGUCCCCGUCCGGUUCUGUCCACGAUGAAGACGCAGAGGACUCAAAGGUGAACAGAGCGGAGAAAAGUCCAGCAGCUGACACGGGCAGGAAAUCCAAGGCCCCCAGGAAGAAGAAGAAGAGGGACCCCAACGAGCCCCAGAAGCCGGUAUCGGCCUACGCUCGCUUCUUCAGGGACACGCAGGCGGUCAUCAAGGGCCAAAAUCCCAGCGCUACCUUUGGGGACGUGUCCAAGCUGGUGGCCUCCAUGUGGGACAGGCUGGACGAGGAGCAGAAGCAGUCCUACAAGAAUAAAACUGAAUUGGCGAAAAAAGAGUACCUCAAACAGCUGGCGGCAUAUAAAGCAAGCGUGGUCUCUCAGAGCCACAGUGAGCCAUCAGAGGUCAAGAUGACUUCCACGGCUGCAGGGCUGAGCCCCAGAACCACAUCUCCUGGCAUCUACCUAGGACAGGCUUACCUGCCGCCGCGUGGACUUGGCCCCCAUUUCUUCACGGCAUCCUCCGUCUCCUCCAAGCCACUGGCCACCACCUCACCUCUGGCGCAGCAUCGGCCGGUUGCUGCGCCGCCGUCACUUGGCAACCAUCAGCCUCCUCUCCACUCCUCGUUCUUGGCAGAGGGGCUCCAGGGCUUGGGGAUGGUGUCACCUCAGGUGGUGAUGCCCUCAGAGGACUUUAUGCUCACGGGUUGCAGCGAUCCCCUGGGCAUGGGACUGGACUGGACCAGCAGCUACUGCAGCAACAGGAACCUGCAGAGAGAGAAAGCUCUUUACCUGCACUGAAAGGGUCCAGCUCCUUCCUGCUCCAGCAGAAACACCGCACUGGUUUGGGGUUGUUUGGGGUUGUUUGGGGUUGUUUGGGCUGACCCGUCGACUGAAGAUUAUAGAGAGAUCGUACAGAGUUACACUGCAUUUUACACAUCACGGAAAACGUAUUUGUGCCUUGUGAUGUGCAGCGGCUGAACCACUACCCCCCAUGGCUGAGUGCCCAUAACUGGUCCACCAAACUGGACUACAGCGCCCCCAGUGGCCCUGAGGAGGAGCUACUACCAACGGACCAAACGCGACCAAACAUGGACAGAUUUUUAUCCCUUUAAAUAUUCUUUAGAUUCUUUUUUAAGUACAGCUUCA